UUCACACUGUCUUCUCUUUCUUGAUCAUCCAAACCUCCACUCAUACCGUCUCAAGAUGGCACCAAAGAAGGCCAAGAGGAGGCAGGCAGCAGGAGACGGAGGCUCCUCCAAUGUGUUCUCCAUGUUUGAGCAGAGCCAGAUUCAGGAGUACAAGGAGGCCUUCACAAUCAUUGACCAGAACAGAGACGGUAUCAUCAGCAAAGAUGACCUGAGGGACGUGCUGGCCUCAAUGGGCCAGUUGAAUGUGAAGAAUGAGGAGCUGGAGGCCAUGAUCAAGGAGGCCAGCGGCCCCAUCAACUUCACCGUCUUCCUCACCAUGUUCGGAGAGAAGCUGAAGGGUGCUGAUCCCGAGGACGUUAUUCUUAGUUCCUUCAAGGUCCUGGACCCCGAGGGUACUGGAUCCAUCAAGAAGGAAUUCCUCGAGGAGCUCCUGACCACUCAGUGCGACAGGUUCACCCCAGAGGAGAUUAAGAACAUGUGGGCCGCCUUCCCCCCAGAUGUUGCCGGCAACGUAGACUACAAGAACAUCUGCUACGUCAUCACACACGGAGAGGAGAAGGAGGAGUAAAGAGAAAGCUCGAAGACAAGAAAGACAGCAAUCCCUUUGCUAUUCUGCCUUCCCUGCCCUUUUCUUUCCUCUUCUUCCUCCCUGCUCACGUUCUGUGUUAACCCAUGUGCUCAGCCGCUCAUGCUCAAACCAAAGACUUGUCACAAUGACACAGGAGACGGCCGAUGUCCAUGGGAUGUCUAUGUUUGCUUAUGGGGAAUAGGGAUGAUUUCCAAUAAAAUUAUCCUGUAACAUCAUUUCCAUUCAAAAGCUUUUCUCAAACAUCUUUUCUUUCCUUGCAAACAUCGUCUGUCUUCUCACCUCCACAUCUCUGUCUGUCCUGUCACUUCAGCCCUCUGAGGUGUUUGUAUGAAUGAAAUGUGUCCCUCUGCUGUGGGAGUGCACAAAUGACAAGGGCUUCAUUCCAAAUUUUGAAGAUGUCCUGUUGGGAGGGGGGUAAAAGAGGUGAGAGGAGGGAGACUGCUGGCAGGUUAGAGAGGAAAAAGUUGCUUCCUUAAAGUGAAGACAACUUUUUUUCCCCUUGAAAAGUUCUUGAAAAAAAUGAGGGACGGAGCGGAGACAAAGGGACGAAAGAAAACAUUCAAGUCUUCGAUUUCUUUCUCUCCGCUCCUUCCUGCAACCAUUAAAUCAUAAGCUGUCUCAACUCGAGUGACUGGACUCUUCCUUGCCUUUCCUCUGUAAUGAAUAAAAGGGACGAACUGUGAA